UUUGCAUAUUAACUUCAUAUUUAAGUAUAAAAAUCGCAAAACCAUUAGUUACAAAAACAGUGUCCGUUGAUAUUUGAAAGAGCCAAGUUGCGGUUGUAAAACGAUGAGAAAAUUUAUCAUAUUAGCCAGUUUAGUGGUGUGCUGUGUUGCAGCGCCAACAUCACCACAAUCCUCCAUCGAAGGCAAAGAUCAUGAUAUACUGCUUGAUCGACCCAGUCCCAUCAAUCCGGAUGUGCCAAGUGACCCUAAACCGGAGGAGAAAAUUACUAAGAUCAUUGAUCCCAAAGAGAUUGUGAAAUACAAACGUGAAAUUGAGAAUGAUCCUUAUGAACACAUCUCACGUUUUGCACCUACUGCACAUCCUGCUAAACAAAUUGUGGAAAACGAGUCACAGGAAUCUAGUGAGCACAGCGCGGUUGGUGAUUCCAUUCAUCAUCGUCAGAAACGGGAAAGAACACAAGGCAAAGAUACGCCGAAAUCCGUGAAAGCACCAGUAACAUCACAAAAGCCUGCAGCAAAGAAGGACAGCCGCAAGCAAUCACGUAGCCGGAACACCCCAUCAGCGGCGCAAGCCAAGAAAUCAAGUGUACCGGUGCCAGCACCAGCGCGCGAUUUGCCUCGCUCCCGUCAACGUCGCCAGGUAGAUCCACACCUAAUUGGCGCUUCUACAGUUGCAAUUUCACCAUUGAUUUAUCACGAAGAAGAGGAAAAACCACACGAUGAAGAAGUCCAAAGCGAAGUGCAUUCUCAAGAAAGCGCAAGUGGUACCACCAAUAGUGCAGAAUCCGCGGCACAUAAAUCGGAAGAACAUACACAUGUAGCCCCAGCAACGACAGUUAAACGUGAUAUACCUGUGCCUUUAGUUCCAAAAUACCACCACCCAGAGGAGUCACCGAAAAGUGAUGAAAAACCAGCAGAACAACCACAACAUGUGGAAGAAGACUAUCACAACAAAAACGACAAAACCAAAUCAAGUGAGAGUGACGAGAGUGAUGAAAGUAGUGAAAAUUCAAAGGAAAAGACACCGGUACUAGCUGCACAAAAUCAUCAACUUAUACAUCCAACAAUCCCUCCGCAACUACCAGAACAGCAACAAUCUCAGCCACACCUGCAAGUGCCACAAGUAGCAAUUCAUGCAGAUAAUGCGGAGGUACAUUUAGGAGCACCAACAUUGGCAGGUGAGCCUGGUCAAGUGCAUAACAGUGCUCUUGGCUCACCACUUGUGAGCAAUACUAAUCCCAUUGAUGAUCUUAAUGACAAACCUCUCGUCGAGGAAUUAGCCACCAUUAAGCCUACUCAGAUUAUUGAAUACGAAACACCUGCUAAUGAAGAAACAGUUCAGAUUAAACAUCCUAUACCUGUUGCUGAGUUGUUCUCAAGGCAUAAACCGUAAAUGUCAAUACUGCUCGCAUAACCGCUAGUUUGAAUUUGAUGUAAAACCGUCUUUAUUUUCUGCAUAAAAUAUACUUUUUUGUUAUUUAAACACUUAUUUAUCAAUUUAGUAAUAAAAUUCAUUUUUAUUUUCUACACGAACUUAA